CAAUGAACUUUGCCCAGUACCGCUUCAAAUGUCAGUUCCGUUGCUGAAGGAACCAGCGAUCGGCACAAACAACAAUUGCGAUCUGACACUGGAAUUCACUAAACCUGCCUGCGCUUCAUCUCAGCUGGCUGGUGGUAAGGGAACGCAGUUGGCUCUUCUGACUCAACUAGAUGGCAAGUUCAUGGUUCCGAGGGGGUUCUGCCUGACGGUGGCCGCGUACAGACGUCACCUGAACGAAAACAAACAUCUGCGUGACAGCAUCGUAGAACUGGAAAAUAUUGCAUAUAAAAGAAAGGGGGGCGAUAUUCACGAGAUAUCCAAGGCUACUGUAGAAAGCUUUAACAACACUCAGCUGACUCCGGAGUUGGAACGGGCAGUGUUGAAACAACUGUCAGAGCUGUUUGGCGAGGAAUGGAACGAGAAGACAUUUGCUGUACGAUCAUCUGCUGUUGGAGAGGAUGGCGGGGAAGCGUCAUUCGCUGGACAGAUGGAGUCUUUUCUCGGUGUCAUUGGCAUUAAAGAGAUAUGCAAUUGUAUCGCAAAAUGUUGGGCAUCAUCUUUCACACAACAGGCUAUUGAGUACAGAAGGAAUCACGGCCAGAUUGUAGCCGCAGAUGUCGGCGUCUGCAUACAAGAGAUGGUAGAGGCAGACGUUGCCGGUGUGCUCUUUACAAGAGAUCCGGUGACUGGUAACCCUGGAAUCAUGACCAUCAACGUAUCAUACGGGAUAGGAGAGGCAGUUGUGUCGGGAGUGACGGAACCUGACACAAUCUAUCUGCAGAGAAGCUUCAACGAUAAACUCAUAGUCAAGAAAAAAAUUCUGGGAAGCAAGAAGAUAAAGAUGGUUAUCAGCGUCUAG